AUGGCCCCCACAACACGCCCCGCCCGCCUGCCCGCGGCCGCCACCGCCGCCGUACUGCUCCUGGUGGCGCUCAUCGCGGCCGCCCGCCCGGCCGCCGCGUGCCGCGUUGUCAACGUGGAUGUCUCACUCGCGGCCAGCGCCUCCAACGCGACUAAGGACGCCUACAACACUGACGGCGUGAGGCAGCACUUCAACCUGGAUGUCAACCGCGUGACCUACGUCAACACCCGCGCCGCUACCACCGCCUGCGUUGACUCGCGCCACGAGUACCCCGUCAUCGGCACCCCCGGUGGCGACAUGUGCGAGUUCAUUGUCGGCUUGACUGUGUACCUGAACCAGACUGGCCAGACCCUCAGCCAGGCAUUGGCUGACCAGGUGCUUGCUGACUACAUCAGGGGCCUGUUCAGUGCCAGGAAGAAGUUUUACUACCACACCAGUGAUGAGAAGCUGCUCAAGGUCUUCUCAGAGAUCAAGGCAGCCGCCUUUGGGUCACCCGUUGCAUUCCCUGACCAGGAGCCCAUCAACCCGGCAGAGAGGGAUGUGUGGUACACCAGCCUGUCCAAGGGCUUCAACCAGGGCUGUGGCCACCUGCGUCUCAUGAUUGACAACUUUGCCGAUUACGGCUUCACCUCCUCGGAACUGCCCAGGGCUGUCGUUAGGGCGUUUUUCCGCUACUGGUGGGGCACUGCCCUGAACUCUCGCGAGCGAAGGAACAUCAACUAUGCCAUCCUGCAGGGGCCCCUUGUUGGCAAGGCUGUGGCCAUCGUCGACUCGCAGGGUGCCUGUCCCACGCGCUCCCCUGCCAUCACCAGCAGCGCUGCCGCCUCCCAGCUGUUUGUGUUCCACGCAAACGCGAUUGACACUAUCCGCAAGACCACCAUGACUAACUGGUUUGUCAACUAUGCCCGCCGCAACGCGCCCACGCCGCUGGACCCGACCGCCUUCUACGAGGGGGUCAAGGCGCUGCAGGGGCGGCACCUGGGCGCCACGCUGCGGCUGCUGUCGCCCGUCAACCAACUCAACGUCUUCAACGUGGCCCUCACCACUGCCAGCUAA